ACACAGUCUAGGGACAGGAUCGUCCUGGGACAUAAAUCACUAAUGUGGAGACAGCGAACAACAUCGAAUAUCCAGUUAUCACAGUAUCACGACACUGGCCAUGACGAAGAAAUGUUUGGGAUGUCUUUCCCUGUGGCUGACAAGCUUGGUGGGAUUUAGCCUGCCCAUAUUAUGGAUGGAUUUGGUUCACAAGGAACCAGUGAGCUUGGAACCUGUAGUGACUUCGACUGAGACAUCUAGAUUGGAGAGCUGCAUGAUCCCGACCCAUUCCGUACUGGAGUCAUUCAGUCUACUCGAACUAGCUUCUCUAUAUCAUAGAUAUCUAUCGAAAGAGCAAAUUCCGUGUAAAGAGGGCGUGCGGCUUGGCAAGGCACACCCGGGGGGCUGGGACGUGUGUAUAGACGAGGAAUUCAGACUGGUCGAUCCUUGCAUCGUUUAUUCAUUUGGUAUUCGGAGAGAUUUUUCUUUCAGUGAAGAAAUAACGCAGACUUUUGGCUGUUACACCUACGCCUUUGAUCCAAGGAUGAAGCGCAGCAGUAGACGAUAUCUGGAGAGGUUGUUGUUUACUUCUGAGGGAAUUAGUAACUUUACAGGAUAUAGUAAUCACCGAUGGAUGCGAACGUUACAAGACAUACGGCGUCAUUAUGGACAUAACAAUAAAACUAUAGAUGUGAUAACAUUAGAUAUAACCCCUACAGAACUCAUUGUUAUUCCUCACGCCCUGCAGAAUGGCGACCUAGAAACUGUAAAACAGUUGAACGUCAGACUCGGCAACCCAGACUACGUCUUAAAGGAGACGACUGAAGAGUACAUCAAUAGACUUAACGUUCUUCGUGAUCUUUGUUUCGUCGGCUUCAGAAGCUGGAUAAUAAGUGAAAACAACAAAUGUCGAUUUCAUUCUGAAGUCACGCGUAAACAAGCCUUGGGAUGUUACGAAAUCUCCUUUCUAAACCUCAGAUACAUUUAGAACAACCACCUACUGCACAAGCUAUCAGAACUUGAUUAUGUAUCCAUAUCAACACAGAUUAAAAUGCAAAAGUGAAUCCGAUUUAUUCUGAUCAAAAUAUGUGAGUGAGUCCUGGUUUAUCAUUCGAUUCAGUUGUGCUACGAAAAACCUACUGGGUUCACUUUACAAUCCUUUUGGAAGCCUUAGUUAUUAUCAUUCUAUUGCUUGUUAAAAGCGAGUUUUAAGAUAUAUUUUGUGUAUAAAAUCAAAAUACAUAUGCAGUUAAAAAUAUGAAAACAAAAAACCUGCAUAUGUGAUUCGCCUUGAACAGCUGCGUCGUAACGGAAUGUGAUAUUCAUACUUGUUAACUGGUCAAAAAAACAUAUCCUACAAAACAUUUUUAGGCUAGACAAACGGACGCCUGACAAAAGGCUUUACAUCAUCAACAGUGCUCAGAAAAUACCGUUCCGGUUCAUUGAACACUACGUACUUCAGCAAUCGCGGUUUGUGUUCCGUUUUUCCAGCCAUAUUGUGAUUCACAUUAUUCAUCAACAUAAACAUGUAUAUAUAAUUUAUAUUUCAUAUCACUUGACUUGAAUUACGUAGUGACUUUAUCAGCUGCCAUUGUCUUCGUAUAGAGGAGCGUAAAAUGUCUGAACACAUACUACAAUUUAAGAGUGUAUACAAUAUCAACUUAAGAUUACACAUGAUAACCACUUAUCGAUGUUCAUUUGUAGUUCUCAAGAAACCUUAAUUAAAAUUUUCAACUACUCUAAAGUUA